AAAUUAUACACUACAUAACUUUUAUCUCCAUGUCUCAAUAGUCAAUACAAGAAUACAACCAGAAAAAUAAUGAGGACAUACAUAAGUCAGCUAGAAAGAAUGGAAAAAUGACCAACUAUCCCAAUGAAAUAUCAACACUAAACUCUUGCAGGGCAAGUAGGAAGUGCAGAACUCCGAACUCUCAACCAAAAUUCGCUAUAGAAUCAGAAGAGGAUGCGAGUGGGGACCUUUCCAGACGACGGGUCGGACACCAGUACUUUUCCUGCACGCACCGCGGCCUUGAAGUCAGAGAGCAGGUGUGCCCGUAUCACCGCCCCGGCGCCCUCGUCGUCAUCCUCCUCCCUUCGGCCACCACCCACCCCUACGGCCUGCUCGUACGAUGGCGGCGGCGGUACGGGAGAGGCAGUAGCUGGCGGCGGUGGCGGCUUUGGGGGUGGCGGUGGAGGGAGGAGGGAGGAGGGGGCCGGCGGCGUACCUGGAGGGCGGUGGAGGACGGCCGACGGCGUCUGGCUCUGGCGGCUCCUGGGCGCGCGCGAUGGCGGCUGGCAGCUCCUGGGCGCGCACGACGGCGGCUGGAGCACAGGCGUCUGGGCGGCUGGGCGCGAUGGCGUCUGGCGGCGAUGGAUCAAUGGCUGCGCGCGUUGGAUCAGCGGCUGGCCCACGAACGCUAUGAGCAUAGAACGUCCAUAUAGCGCAUAGAACGUCCAGAACGUGCGUUCCGACGUGUAAACGUCGUUUAAACGUCCAGAACGGACGUUCUACGCAGUUUUGGUAAAAUGUGCGGACGUUUUAUCUACUAAUCGCGUUUUAGCGUUUAAACGACGCUUAAUCGUCGUUUAAACGACGUUUUAAUAAUCAUGAAUAGGUAGUUAUUUGUUAGCUAGCUAAUUCCACUAACAAUUUUUAGCCAACUAACUAUUAAUUUCAGUGCAUUCAAACACCCCCUAAACCAGUUUAGAAAUGAACUGGCCGGCUAUCCUCAGUUCCUCACUCACGUCGCACUCGAAUUAUCCAAACAAUCUCUCCAAUCCUGCUUCCCUUUCUCUAGAUCCUUGAUGAGUCAGGCACCCGGACAAAACCUUCUCCCCGCCACCCAUCACCGUGUCACUCUCGCACAUUUGGCCCCGUGGAAGCUAUAGGGCACCUCCUUGGUCCUCCUCAAGACCGCAUAAAAAUGUCCACCACCGUCGCGCUCGAGGUAAAGGUAGAAACCCAGAAUAAGCAUUUCGCCACCAACUAAAGACGAUCAAGUGCAGAAAAUCGCGG